AUGUUCCACAAGCGUGCUCCAACCGACUUCGGAACCUUCCAGGUCGACUGCCAGGGCUCUGAAAGUGCAUGCAACAACGCCUGCUACUACAUACGAUGCGAAGCGGUCAACGACCCGGACGCGAACAGAAUCACGUACAUCGGUCCCAACGGCAACAACGGCGAAGACGACCGCAACCGCAUAGAAUCCGGCUGCAACUUCAACAACCCCUUCAGCGGCAGCGUGUGUACCAACUUCCCCUUCAGCCAGAAAUUCAGCAACCCGACCGCCACCGACUGGCAAUGCGACGAAUGGCCGCCCGCCCUCUCCCAACAGCCCGACUUCGCCAGCAAGCCGAACAAAAACAGCUUACGCUGCAUGCCCGGGGGCGAAAACGGCUCCCUGGGCGCCAAACUGCGCAACUUCGUCUACAACCAGGGCGGGCCCUACCCGGGCCGGCCCGCGGGCGUCAUGAACAGAGACGACUUCUUCCGCGUGGACUUUCUGACCAACAUCGGCAGCGCGGACCAAGCGAAGGUGAAGUUCUGCCUCGGCCAGGGCACGUCCAACUGCGGAAGCGACGGCAUGCAGUUCGGACUCACCGACAAGCCCGUCGGCGGCGGCAAAGUCGACAGCCCGUACAACCGCCUGGGCAACGACAACAAGUACGCGCUGCAGAACACCGUGUACGCCAACCUCUUCCAGUGCGGCGUCUCCUUCACGCGCACCUCGGAUACCGACAUCUCGUCCGUUGUCCUCGACGACUGGGCCAACAACGACGUCCAGACUACAACUUCCUGCUCGCUACCCAACGAUGGCGACACGUGCCUGCUGCUGGGCCUGCCGAACGAUCUGCAGAUCCGGCGCACGGGCGCGCUGGGGACGAAGCUCGAGUUCGAGUAUGCGCCCGGCCAGGCGAAUGCGAAUGUUAAUAAUUUCGCGUGGGACUCCGAGACGAGUGGGAAUGGGAGGGGGCCGUGGACGGAUCCGGAGAGCGAUCCGAAUCGGCAGCCGUUGAGGUAUUGUAAGGUUGUGGCGGGGAGUGUGCAGGGGACUGAGGAUACGAUUUGUUGGUUUCCGUGCUAUCAGAAUGCAGAUGGGCAGUGA